AUGUCCAAACUUUUGACUGUUUUUGGAGCAACCGGAAACCAGGGCGGUUCCGUUGUUAAGGCAGUCCUCUCCGACCCCAUUCUCUCCAAGGAGUUCAAGAUCAGGGGCAUCACUCGCAAUGUUUCCAAGCCAGCAGCCCAGGCGUUGGCUGGCAAGGGGGUUGAGGUUGUCGCCGCCGACAUGACCUCUAAGGCCUCCUUGGCCGAGGCCAUCAAGGGUUCCCAUACCGUUUUCCUUGUUACUACCCCUGACUUCAUGUCUGGUGGUGGUACUCAAGAACAGCUUCACGGCAAGAACGUUGCUGAUGUCGCCUCUGACGCUGGAGUGAAGCAUCUGAUCUACUCCUCUCUUCUUCACGUCACGGAUACCACCAACGGCCGUCUCAAGCACGUUGUUCACUUCGAUGACAAGGCGGAAGUCGAGCGUUACAUCCGCUCCAAGGGUAUCCCAAGCACUUUCGUCCUGCCUGGAUACUUCAUGAGCAACUUCACCGCACUGCAAAUGAUCCGCAAAGGCGAAGACGGCGUCUACAACCUCUCCUACCCUGUCGGAGACAAGGCCAAGUUCCCGCUUAUCGACACUGAAUCCGACAUCGGCAAGUACGUGGUCGCUGUCAUCCGCAACGAAGCCUCCGUGCUCGGAAAGCAGAUCCUGGCGGCGGCUGACUACUACACCCCGACCCGUAUCGUCUCUGAGUUCACGGAGGUGACUGGCAAGGCUGCCCGUUUUGUCCCUAUUGACGCAGAGACGUACAAGAGCUUCCUGCCUGGGCCCUUGGCUGAUGAGAUGUUGGAGAACCAUCUGUUUAUCGAGGAACCAGGCUACUUUGCUGGCAAGGACCUGAAGGAGAGCCUGGACCUCUUGGCCGGGGUUGGACUGAAGCCAACAUCUUGGAAGGAGUUCUUGGAGGCGAACAAGGCCGCUUUCUAG